AUGUAUGUAAGCAACUAUGAAGAAUUUUGUUUUAAGAUUUUAGCUCUCCAUCUUUCUGUCAUUUGUGCAGCCAUUGUGUAUCCCUCUUUUAAGCAUCCGCUGUCCCGUUUUCUGGCCGUGUUAGACCCACCAGAGGUAGAAUCACUGAUCAAAUGUUACGCGUUCGUUCGAGGAUUAAAGCAAGGUCCCCUUUUCGACGCAUUACAAAUAACACCGCCUAAGGAAUUCGACAACAUCAUGGCCAUACUACCAGGAUAUCUGCAAUUGGAGGAUGCUAAGGCCGCACGAAGGGCCGAGGCCGAUAAACUCCGGGUGAAGAAAGGUGAUAACGGGAUGCACCCCAGUGAUAAACACUCUCAGAGAACACCAUACAAGGGUCUACCGCCAAGAAUACCAGCCAUGGCAGUAGAGACCAGACCUCCUUCUCCAGGACCUGCGCAGACUGAUCGACGCAACAAGGGUGGUGGUGAUAUACGGGAGCGCCAUCCGCUGAAUAGGCCUGCUGACGAAAUCUUCCAUCUUGUUAAAGAUGAAAAUUGGUUCCGAGCUCCGUGGAACUACACCCGUGGUAAUCCCAAACCAGGGAAAAAUGAUUUGUUAUGCGAGUACCAUAACGUUUAUGGACACACGACCGCGAAUUGCGGACAUCUGAUGAACCAGCUGGAGAUAUUGGUGAGACAAGGUUUUUUGGACAGGUUCGUUGCUGGACCUCCGAAGAAAACAAACAGAGAACUGCACAACCGUAAUCAUAAUAAUCAUAGACGCGACGAGAGGGAGCUGAGGAAUGGCGCGGAUGACAGACGCGAAGGAGAACUAAGGAAUGAAAUACCGGAGCGACCACCUUUCCAGAGGGAAAUCCAUAUGAUCGUCGGAGAAAAUGGUACACCCACAUCAAACAGAGCGAAGAAACAACUUGUCAGGGCUGUGAGAACAGGACACUUUAACUCUAAGGUCAUGGCUAUUACCAGCGCAGCCAGCGAACCCACCAUAUCCUUUGGCCCGGAAGAUGCCAGAUCGUUAAUGUAUCCCCACGAUGACGCCUUAGUCUUCUCAACAGACGUGGCUGGAUGCCUGGUCCACCGAGUCUUCGUGGACUCAGGCAGCGCGGUGAAUAUUGUGUACUGGAACUGCUGGAAGGCCCUUGGCUCGGAUGUCAAUGUUGAACCAACGAACGCACCACUCUAUGGAUUCUCGGGAGAAUCAGUAGUACCAGUCGAAAUGGUAGAACUGCCAGUCACCUUGGGACGAUCGCAGGGUUAUAAAACCAGAACAGUCAGAUUCUUGAUCAUAGACGCUCCUAAACCCACGUACAACAUCAUCUUGGGGCGGCCCGCUCUAAACACCUUCAAAGCAGUGGUUUCCACAUUCUACCUCAAAAUGAAGUUUCCGAUAGACGGUGGAAGGAUCGGGGAAGUGUGGGGGGAUCAAGCUACAUCGAAGCAAUGCCAUGUACAAACUUUGACCCAGCAACAAAAGGAUAACAUGGGAGACGACCCCAACACUCGAAAGCAGAAACGAAAGCAAACAAAAAUCCUGGGGGAACUCAAUGAUCAAGGAAAUGAGAAGGUUGGGAUAGUCACCGCGUCAAACCCCGAACGCAGAGAAAUCAUGGAACUUAGAGACGGGAUUGAUAAACAACCCCUUGUAUCCACGAGUGACGCGUGCCUGCUCAUCGAACUUUUUCCUGACAAGGAGGGAUACACCACCAAGAUUGGAGCAGAAAUGACACCCGUCCUCCAAAGGGAAGUCACCGCAUGCCUGCGCAGGAAUGCGGAUGUGUUUGCAUUCAAUACUUCUGACCUCAAAGGGAUCGACAGAGAGCUAGCUGAACAUCGUCUUAAUGUGGACCCGAUGGUCAAACCCGUCAAACAGAAAACAAGACACUUCGGCGCGGAGAAGGACGCCGCAAUUCGGGAACAGGUCCAGACCCUCCUGGAAGCAGGACACAUCACAGAAAUCCAGUAUCCCGAGUGGAUAUCUAAUGCAGUCAUGGUAGAGAAGAAAGCCAAAGUGUGGAGAAUGUGCGUGGACUAUAGAGAUCUUAACGCAGCUUGUCCUAAGGAUUGUUACCCACUCCCUCGGAUAGAUCAGCUAGUGGACGCUACUUCAGGGUGUGAACUCCUGUCCAUGAUGGACGCUUACCAAGGAUACCAUCAAGUGAAGAUGCACUCGGGGGAUGUCGCUAGAACUGCCUGCGGAUGGGAAAGCAUGCCUUUCGGCCUCAAGAAUGCAGGGGCCACGUACCAGCGUAUGAUGGACAAGAUUUUCAGGACACAGCUAAGGAGAAAUAUAUCGGUGUAUGUUGACGAUAUGCUGGUGCGCAGCAUCAAAGCCAGUUCUCACGUGGCUGAUCUGGAGGAAACCUUUUCGGUAGUCCGCAAGAAUAGACUAAUGCUCAACCCCGCCAAAUGCACCUUUGGAGUGCAAUCAGGAAAGUUCUUGGGUUACAGGGUAACACCAGAGGGAAUUGAAGUUAAUAUUGACAAAGUCAAAGCCAUCCUGAACAUGACACCACCCAGGAAUGUCAAAGAAAUUCAAACACUCAAUGGUCGGAUUACCGCACUGAGUCGGUUCAUCUCACGCUCAGCUGAGCGAAGUCUCCCGUUCUUCAAAGUUCUAAGGAAAGGAAGUCGAUUCGAAUGGAGCAGUGAGUGCCAGAGAGCUUUCGAGGACCUAAAAUCCAACCUCACCAAACUACCAGUACUAACAAAGCCUUCUUCAGGAGAACCACUGUACCUAUAUAUCUCUGCGGGAAUUGAAUCUCUGAGCUCAGUGCUGGUCCGAGAGGAGAACCGGCAACAAAAACCGAUAUACUUUGUAAGCAAGGUCAUCCAAGGUGCAGAGCUACGCUAUACUGAGGUUGAAAAAACCGCGUACACAAUCAUGAUCACGGCCAGAAAGUUGAGGCCAUACUUCUUAUCACACAAGGUCAUUGUGAGAACAAUAAUACCAUUCAGACAAAUCUUAGGGCGACCGGAUCUAGCGGGGAAGAUGGUGAAAUGGGCCAUAGAGCUCGGAGAGUACGAGGUCGAGUUUGAGCCGCGCACUACCAUUAGAGCGCAGGCACUGGCGGACUUCAUUCAAGAAGCAACAAGGUGGCCUAUGAGGGGACCGUGGACAGCACAGGUUGAUGGGUCGGUCACCAAAGAAGGGUGUGGGGUGGGAAUCUACAUCACCUCGCCCGAAGGGGAAGUCUACCAAUUCGCUAUCAAGUUUGAAGAUAAGCUAUCCAAUAACGAAGCCGAAUAUGAAGCAGUGCUAAGGGCAGCCCACAUACUCAGAGAACUCAGAGCCGACAAUGCAGUGAUUAAAACUGACUCUCAAUUGGUGGUGAAACAGUUAACAGGAGGUUACGGGAUAAAAGAAGAGAGAAUGAAACACUACUUUGACAAAGUCCAGGAGAUUGGGAAAAAGUUUGAGAAAUUUGAAAUACAACAAGUGCCGAGAGAAGAAAACCAACGAGCAGACCUCCUGGCCAGAGUAGCCAGUGCAGUCGAACAAACGUGGAGCGAGGACAUUACCUUGGUGUUCGAACCUAAGAGAGCGGUGGUGGCGCAGGUAUACAACAUUGAAACCAAGGAUGAUUGGAGAACACCCAUCAUAUACUAUCUGAAAAAUGGUAAACGAAUGGAAGAGGAUACUUCACGGUGUGCCAAAUACGAGAAUUACUGCCUCAUCGACGAUCAGCUCUACAAGAGGUCUUUCACACAUCCAUUUUUGAAAUGUCUGGCCCCAGAGGAAGCACAGUUUGCUUUAAAAGAGAUCCACCAAGGGUGCUGCGGUAAUCACGGUGGACACAGGGAUUUGACAAGGAAGAUAAUCAGAGCAGGAUUCUACUGGCCCGGAAUCAGCAAAGAAUCGAAAGCCUUCGUGCAAAAAUGUGAGGCUUGUCAGAAACACGCUCCCAAAAUCAACAUACCUGGGGAGGGAAUGGGGAUCAUGCAUGCUGCGCAUCCUUUCGACAAAUGGGGAAUCGACAUUGUGGGUAAAUUACCAACUGCUCCGGGAGGCAAGUGCUUCCUCAUAGUUGCCGUAGACUACUUCUCUAAGUGGAUCGAGGCGGAAGCUGUCACCAAAAUCGAUGAUAACACAGUGGAAAAGUUCAUAUGGAAGAACAUCUGUUGUCGAUAUGGGGUGCCAAGGAUUUUGGUUUCGGACAACGGAACCCAGUUCACAAGCAAGAAGAUCGAAGAUUUUUGUUCUCGGAUGGACAUCACACAGAAAUUUGUGUCAGUAGCCCACCCUCAAGCCAACGGACAGGUAGAAUUGGCAAAUCGCACCAUAUGUGAAGGGAUCAAGAAGAGACUCGAACGAAGCAGGGGACGAUGGGUUGAGGAGCUAGAUACAGUGUUAUGGGCACUUAGAACCAGCCCGAAAACCGCAACCGGAGAGGCUCCUUUCACUUUGGUAUACGGGUCGAACGUUGUGGUACCUGCUGAGGUAAGGCUGGAAUCUCAUCGGGUUACUACCUAUGACACUGCACAGAAUGAGGAACUGCGCCGACUGGACUUGGAUCUGAUUGAGUUACAUAGAGAUGAAGCACAAGUAAGAGCGGCAAAAUACAAGAGCAUUGUUAAGGCUGGUUACGACAAGAAAGUAAAGCUGCGCAGACUUGGGAAGGGAGACUUGGUACUCAAACGGGCAGACGCCUUGAAGCCCGUAGGGAAAUUUGAAGCUAACUGGGAAGGUCCUUUUGUCAUCACGAAAGUCUUGGGAGGAGGAGCUUAUCACCUAGCAGACCAAGAAGGGCGGCCUCUUACCAGGCCAUGGAACAUAAGUAACCUCAAGAAAUUUUACGUGUAA